AUGGCACCGGGCGCGGAGAGAAUCUGGUGCGGGCGCGUAGAUGGGCACCGGGCGUCGGGGAGAUUGACACCGGGCGAAGACGCGGGACGCAAUCACCUGUUGCGGGGAGCAGGGGACGAGGAACAAGACAAAGGGAAAAAACCCUUUGCUGCAGCGGCGAUCAGAAAACCGGCCGCCGAAUCACAAAUAACCAACGACUGCGCCAGGAACAAUGGCGCCAGGAAAAGAAAACCCUUGGCUGAAAGAUCGAAUGGUGAUCAGACAAUUACCUAG